GCCAAGGCAGCCUGAGUAGAAGUUGAAUGGUGAAAAGGAGGUCAGUCAAGCACAGAGUCCCGCCUUCUAAGAUUGGCGCGUAACCUAGCAACACAGGGACCGCCGAGGUGGUUAACUGUGGGCAGAGAAACUUGCAGUUUAAGGAGCCGGAUUGCUGAUUGAAAAGCCAGAAGAGCUUUGAGUUGUCUGACGGCUCAGUACCAGGGUAUACAGAGGCAAAGCCAGCUGCUCCAAAGAUGGCCUUGGACAUCUACAGCAUGGCCCCUUCCUACCAUGGGCUGGCCAUCCACAGAAUCCCACUGAGGACAGACAUAAUCCCAGUUGAGCCAAUGAAGACCUUGGCCCCAUCCAAAUCCAAGCUCAGCACCAUUGAGGCCAAGAGAAUCAUGUCAGUCCUGGAUGAGGCCAUACAAAAAGUGGGGCUGGUGACCCUGAUGUCCUAUGUCGAGUCCCACCAAGAGGUUCUGGAGGGAAUGUUCCCCGAAGACCUCGUGAGGGCCAUCAGAGAGCAUUUGGACAUUGGCCACGUCCUGCUGGAGGGUGCCAGCAUCCUACAGGAGAAGCAAAAACAGCUGGAGAAAGAGGAGGAAGCGGAUGAAGCCUGGUUCCGGGAGCACCUACUGUCCAUAGAGCUAUACAAGGCCAGCCUGUGGCCACUGACACACCAGUUCCGAGAUUCCACCAAGACCAUCCUGAGGCUUCUGCUCAGUGAUUCCCAGGUGUCCACGCUACUGCAGGUGCAGGCUCCAGGCAGAAGCCCAGGGGCGCAGCACCUCCUCGAAGGCCUGAUGGAGCUUCGGAGCUACCUCUUUGAAAAGCUCCUCACCAGCCCUAUGGAAGUAAGGGAGAAGAACCAGUUCAUACAGGACAUCAACCGGAGGAAUGAAAGGAACCAGGAAGUCAUUGAUGCCCUCCAGGCUGAGCUGGCGGAGGUGCUGAAGAGUAAGGAGUCGGAGGUGGAGAAGGAGAACUUUGUGAUCCAAGAACUGAAGAACCACCUGCACCAGGUGUUCAAGUUCUCGGAGAACAGCCUCCUCCGCACGAAGCAGGAGGCCGAGAAGCAGCAGAAGGUGGAUUACCGGGCCUCCCAGGCUCGGCUGGCCAAGAUACAGCAAGAGAUCCUAGCGCUUCGAUCACAGUACCACAACCUGGUCAUGGAGAAUCGGGAGAUAGAGCAGGCCCUGAGGAAGAAAAAAUAUAAAGUGGAGACAGAAAUUGAGAACUGGAUCCAGAAAUAUGACAUGGAGAUGAGCGAGAAGCAGGACGAAUACGAAGACCUGGAGAGCAUCCACAAAGAGGAGAAGCUGCAGCUGGAGGAGCUAAAAGAGAGGCACGCGGUGCUGGUGGAGGAGUUCGCUCAGAUCCGUGCCGAGAGUGAGAUCAACUCCAAGAAGCGGGUGGAGGCUGAGCGCGAGAUGGUGCGCAUGGUGAGGGCCGCCACGCUCAUCCAGGCCGUGUGGAAGGGCUACCUGGUGCGCUCCAUGCUCAGGUCCAAGAAGAAGAAGCGAGGCAAGGGCAAGGGCAAAGACAAGGGCAAAGACAAGGGGAAGGGCAAGGAGAAGAGCAAGGAGAAAAGCAAGGAGAAGAGCAAGGAGAAGAGCAAGGAGGAGAAGGGUAAAGAGAAGAAAGCCAAGGGCAAGGCCAAAGGCAAGAAGAAGUAACUGCUGCCCGGCCAGGCUCCGCCCCUGCCCAGCCUCAACCACGCCCUGCCGGAUCUGAACCGCGCCCCCACCCCGCCCCAGCCCUUCCGCCCGUAGCUUUAA